CUCCACCCCAGCAUCAAGCGCUGCCGCCUGGUGAAUAAUUGACGACCUCUUUCCUCCUCCGUCUUUGUGGGUUUUCCAGCCGUCAGUCCAGUUUCCACCUGCUGCCGGCUGGAUGCUGACGACGGACGGAGCAGCUGCUGAGCCAUGAAGCCGUCGGUGUUUCUGCUGCUGCUGCUGUCCGAGGCGUCCAGCAGCUCUCACAGCUCCUGGUGUGAUCUCGGCUGCGACUGUCGAGGAGAACUCAAGUUCACCAUCUGCUCUCGGGCUCAGCUGACCGAGCCGCCCAGCCGAGUCCCGACCACCACGGAGCUGCUGGACCUGUCCGACAACCUCAUCUCCUCCAUCACCACCGCCUCCUUCAGCAGCAACCGGAAGCUGCGAGUGCUGCUGCUGCAGAACAACAACAUCAGCCUGGUGGAGGACGGCAGCUUCUCCCAGCUGGAGUUCCUGCAGAAGCUGGACCUGAGCCGGAACCGGAUCUCCACGCUGACCGAAGGCUUCUCCGUGGGCCUGGUCUUCCUGCGGGAGCUGCAGCUCUCCCACAACCGUCUGACCAGCCUGGACAGCCGCAGCUUCCUGCACCUGGACGGCCUGCAGAGGCUGAACCUGAGCAGCAACGGCAUCCACAGCAUCCAGGUGAGGUCCUUCUCGCCCAUGAGCGCCCUGCGGCAGCUCCACCUGCAGGACAACCGGCUGGGCUCGCUGAAGAGCGGCAUCUUCUCCAUGCUGCGCUCGCUGGAGGUCCUCAACCUGGCCGGGAACCGCAUCAGCGACACGGAGCUGGGCGUGUUCAAGCCGCUCACCAGCAUGACGCUGCUCAACCUGGCCGACAACCGCAUGUCGGCCGUCUACUUCAAGACCUUCCUGAGCAUCCACACCUACAGCACCCACAUCCUGCUGGAGGGCAACCCCUGGAACUGCGACUGCGACCUGCAGAGAGUCUUCCGGAAGCUGCGCAGCAUCCAGCGGCUCUUCCUGGACGACUACUACAACCUGACCUGCAAGACGCCGCCCGUCCUCCAGGACUACCUGCUGACGGACGUGGACACGGAGCUGUGCAUCGCCGAGACCGUCACCGUGCUCGUCAUCACCGUCACCGUGGUGAUCACCGUGGUGGCCGCCAUGCUGAUGGGCGAGAGGACGAGGAAGAAGAAGAAGAGGGGGAUGCACUGGACGCAGCAGGGAGAUCUUUCAGACGAGUCGGACUACUGAGCUCCACAUGAACGGGUUUCUGGCUUCCUGGAAAGAGAGUUCAGAUUGAUUCUUCACAAACUGCAGGAAAUCACUCCAGAAACGCUUCAAAUGCACUUUGUUCUCCCCAAACAUUAACUGAUAGAUGUCACAGAAACACUGAAAUCUAAACUAUAUGAUAAAGAAAGCUUCAUAAAGUUGUACUCAGUGUGUGGAAACAAAAACAGCAGAUUUUACAGGUUUUAUACCGUUUAGACCACAUGAGACAAAGACUAGAUCUUUAAUCAAUUAAAAACUCAACACAAACGUGUUAAAUCUGGAAUAUAUGAACAAGAAGUUUUACUCCAUGCGGUGAAAGAGGCUGUUCAAAAUGCAUUUAUUCCCUUUGUGUACAUAGAAACAAAGAUUUUGCAUCUUUUUCUUCAUCUGGACCACAUCAAACCUGGAUUAGAUCCAAAAAUAUUCCACUUAAAAUAGAAAUCUAAACUAAAAAGUUUUACUCAGUGUGUGGAAGCGACACAAAAGAGGAUUUUACAGUUUUUUUUUAAUACCAUUUAGACCAAAUGAGACCAAGUCUAGAUCUUUAAUUACUGUAUUUUAGCUGGUCAAAUCAGGACUAAAAUAAAAAUAAGCCUGGAAAGAGACUUUUUUUCUCCAUCUGGACCAAAUGAAACCAGGUUUAGAUCCAAAAAUACUCCACUUAAGCUUGUUAAAUCUGGACUAUAAGAACAAAAAAGACUCUAGAAAUUAAAAAAGGAGGAAUUUUCAGCUAAUUCUCCAUCUGAUCCAAAUGAAACCAGGUUUAGAUCCAAAUAUACUCCACUUACAGUAAUUAAAUGUGGAUUAGGUGGCCAAAAAACUCCUAAAAAUACAGAAAAUACAUCAUUUAACUCUCUUUAACUGGACAAAAAGAAUAUUUUAUGGCUAAUUUUCCAUUGGAACCACAUGAAACCAGGUUUAGAACCAAAAAUACUCCACUUCAGCUAGUUCAGUCUGGACUUCAGGAACAAAAAAGUCUCUAGAAAUAGAAAAAAAGAGGAAUUUACAGUUAAUUCUCCAUCUGGACCAAAUGAAACCAGGUUUAGAACCAAAAACACUUCACUUAAAGCUGUUAAAUGUGGAUUAUAUGCAAGAAAAAGCUCCAGAAAGUUUUACUUGAUGUGAGGAAGCAAUAAACAAAGAGCAUUUUACAGUUUUUUUUAAUGACAUUUAGACCACAUGAGAUCUAGAAUCACUGUAUUUAAACUGCUCAAAUCAGGACUAAGAUGAAAACAAGCACAUAAAUAAACUCCAUUUAAAGUUGCUAAAUGUGGAUGAAAUGCAAGAAAAAACCUCCAGAAUGUUUUACUCAAUAAAAAGAUGGGAUUUUACAGUUUUUUAUAUCAUUUAGACCACACAAUAUCACGUCUAGAUCUUUAAUUACUCUAUUUAAACUACUCAAAUCAGGACUAGAAUGAAAACAAGUUUGUAAAUACACCUUUUUGUCCAACUGGUCAAAAUGAAACCAGGUUUAGAACCAAAAUACUCCAUUUUAAAAUGUUAAAUGUGGAUUAUAUGAGCAACGAAACUGCGGAAACCUUUACUUGGUGUGUGGAAAUGAAGAAAAUAAUCGUUUUUAGACCAUUUACACCACAAAAUACAACUAAUAGAUAACAAAUUUCAGUAUUUAAACUACUAAAAUCAGGACAGGAAUGAAAAUAAGCCUGUAAAUUUACUUUUUUUCCCUCCAAAAACACCUCAAAUGCUGCAUAUUUUCCCCAAAAAUUAACUUAACAUGAAUAUUAACAACUUUAUUACUGAGUGUUUCUUUUUUUAUAUGAAUUCAUGUCAUUUAAUCACAGUCUGUGUGUCGUUAAAGUUUUAUACUUUUGAACAUUUUGCAAACAGGAAACCAGAAGUCGUCUCCAGAAGUCUGCAGCUCCCCCUACAGGUGAGCAGGUUUUACUGCAAUGCAAAUCAUUUUCUGGCAGCAGCUGGGUGCGGCAGGUCGUUUCCUGGCAACGAGACGUUUUCCAGGAACUCCCACUCACCUUUCUGUACACCUGAGUUAAAAUUAGCACUAUUCCUGCUGUCCUGCAUGUUCAUAUACAGCUUUUUUAAUGAAUUACACACAAAAAAAUCCCCCAAAACACUGAUGAUUGUCUGUUUCUUUGCCAUUUAGAAAUGAUUAAAUACAUUUUUCUGCCAUGUUUUGUUGAUUUAAUGGGAUUUUCACACAAAGGAAAACAAAUGUCUGGUCAAAAAUAGGAUUAAUUAUGCAAAACUGAAACAUCUAGAGCAGGUCAACACAAAUAUGUUACAGAAAACCAAAAUCGAACAACUUUAAAGAGAAGUUAAGAAGCAAAAUCUACACUUUUUCCACUUAAAGUUGACCUUGUUUGCCGUUAUUCCAUUAAUGGCACUUUUGUCUUGUGUUUGUUUAAAUCUGAGCACUAUUUUUACUGUGAGGUUCAUCAAAAGUUAAAUAUUUAUCUGCGUAAAUGUUAAAUAAUCAUAAUAAAGAGGCAAAUGGUGGUUUAA